CCUCCCCACUCCCUCUUCUUACUUCAAACUCAUCCAUCUUCAUCUCUCACUCUUAUAUACCAAACUAAGACCAUGAUUCCGGCGGAAAUCACCGGUUACUUCCAAUACCUAUCGCAGGAAAACCUAACUAUGAUCCCGGCGGAGUUCAACGUAAUAAACAUGCCCUCAUCUCCAACCUCUUCCUCUUCGCUGAACUACCUAAACGAUCUCAUCAACAACAACAACUAUUCCUCAUCAUCCAACGGUCAAGAUCUCAUGUUGAGCAACAACUCAACUUCCGACGAAGAUCAUCAUUAUAAUCAUCGUCAGAGCAUCAUCAUACUCGACGAGAGGAAGCAGAGGAGGAUGCUUUCAAACAGAGAAUCCGCGAGGAGGUCGAGGAUGAGGAAACAAAGACAUCUCGAUGAACUCUGGUCUCAGGUGAUAAGGCUUCGCAACGAGAACAACUGUCUUAUCGAUAAGCUGAACAGCGUAUUGGAGACUCAGGAUAACGUAUUGAAGGAGAACUCUAAACUCAAAGAAGAAGCUUCUGAUCUCCGACGGCUUGUCUGUGACCUAAAAUCUAACAAAUACAACAGUUUUUAAGAGAGUUCGAAGAAGUUUAGUGUUUCUUCAAGUUGAAUCGGAGGGGCAGAGAUUUUGAGUUAUAGUUGGUUCUCGAAUAUAAAGUUGGUAAACAAUAUGUACCAUAUUGUAUUAUACUCUGAAGUUAAAUAAUGUAAUACAGUUCUGGAGCAUAUUCAUGUUCUCUACUU